AUGAGCUUCGGACGUCUUGGAAUAGCCCAUAUUCCUGUCGUGCAUCGCCAAUUCUCUUCCCCAACCAACUCCCGAUAUGCCGAGUCUCUUUCAAGCCAAGACGAUGUCACGCAAGAUAACAAAGAUGUGCUUCUCGAACGACUGAACGAUUUGAUGCAGCGACUAACAAAAAAUGGGCCUUCUAUAGAGGAUAAAGCUGUCACAAACAUGCAUCACUUAGUAGACGGCAUUGAGACCCUAAUGCGUGAGAAGCCACAGGCGCCAAACCUGGAUGACUUGGAUACUGGAAGUGAGAGUGGAAACACAUCAGAGCAAGGAAGUCUUUGGGCGCCCUCCCUCCCUCGUAGUCCGAUUCAAAACAUCAGGUUACGUCUUCCCGAUUCUGGGAGAGAACCACCAACAUCGGCUCCUAAACAGGAGAUGACUGCUUCUAAAGCUACAGAAAUUGCCAAAGCAGCGGAGGAAUUAGCUGUACAGCUCGCAAAGACAGCCAUGGAACUUCAAAUUAGGAAAGACGAGUCAGAUCAUAUCCACGAUUUACUCGUCCAUCGAGCCGAGAAGGCCGCCGAGAGGAUCCUCCUCCUUGAGUACCGUGUUGCUGAAAUGGAAGAUGAUUUCUCGUCCAAUCAGUCAGAACUGAAAUUCCUUCGGAUCCAACUCCAAGCCAUAGAAGCCCAAUGCUCGCAAUACAUCCCACUUAGUAGAGAUAAAGAGCUGGCCGAGUCCAUUACGAAGUGGAAAUUCGACUGGGAAGAGAUUGAUCGGAAAUCGAAGGCCCGGAGGAAAAAGUGUCAGGGUUCAAGACCAAAUUCGGACGAUUCGGCAACGAUCGUGAAUGGGUUUUGA